AUGAACGAUCCCAAUGGGAUGUUUAUCGACGCACACGGGACGUAUCACUUGUAUUACCAAUACAAUCCGACCGGCAUUGUGGCGGGCAAUCAGCAUUGGGGUCAUGCAACUUCGAAAGACCUGUACCAUUGGGUCAACCAGCAAAUUGCCAUAUUCCCUCCUGACGCACAUUCCAACAUCUAUUCGGGAUCGGCGGUGGUGGACGUGGACAACACGUCGGGGUUCUUUCCACAUCAGAACAACGGCGUGGUGGCUGUCUACACAAUCAACACUCCCACGUCUCAAACACAAGCACUUUCAUAUUCCAUCGAUGGUGGAUACACUUUCCGACCAUACUCUGGCAAUCCGGUGCUGAGCGACAACUCGAGUCAGUUCCGCGACCCCAAGGUCAUCUGGCACGCGCCCACCCAGCAGUGGGUGAUGGCGGUGGCAUAUGCACAGGCUCUCACCCUUGGGUUCUUCACGUCUCCCAACCUAAAGGACUGGGAGCACGUGUCCAACUUUUCCCAUCAUGGCCUGCCAGGCGACCAGUAUGAGUGCCCUAACCUGGUCGAAAUUCGAAUGGAGGGCCAAAAGGAACCGAUGUACUUGCUCACCAUCAGCAUCAAUCCCGGCGCGCCCCUCGGUGGCUCCAUAACGCAAUACUUCCCGGGCUUCUUCAACGGCACCGUCUUCACGCCCGUAGAUGGUGCAGCGCGGAUUAGCGAUUUCGGCAAGGACAAUUACGCGGGCCAGUUCUUCUACGGCAUCCCCGGGGACCGCGAUCAAAUUUCCAUCGCCUGGACUAGCAACUGGCAGUACUCACAGCUGGUGCCUACCGGACCCUCGGAGGGCUGGCGUUCGUCCAUGUCGCUUCCCCGCGUCAAUUAUCUGAAGAACCUCAGCCGGGUCGGCUAUGAUUUGGUAUCCGUGCCGUACAGCUUGUCGCCCGUGAUCAACACCACCUCCUCCCUGGUUCAAAAGACCAUAGUGGGCAACGGCAGCGUCCGCCUGGACUAUUCCUCGGGCGCCUCGGGCGCCCUGUACUUCCAGAUCAACAUCACCGACAUCCCGACCGCCAACAUCAGCGGCACCGCAAACUUCACCUUCCUGUCGUCCCGGUCCGGCGAGUCGGUGCGCGCAGGCUACUUCCUUGCGCCGGACAGCGCCUUCUUCAUCGACAGGGGCAACACGCGCGGGUUCGACAACCCGUUCUUCACGGACAAGUUCUCCACCAGCUGCCCGUACAAUUCCUCGGCGUCUUCAUACACGUGGCGCGUCGAGGGCGUGAUCGACCGGAGCAUCCUCGAGGUCUUCAUCGACGGAGGCGAAUCGUCUGCCACUGUGACGUUCUUCCCGGAGCAGGAGCUCGACACCCUGGUGAUCAACGCGGGCGAUUUGAACCCCGGCGUCACUGUGAGUGCAGCGGUGCAUGGCCUGGACAGCGCGUGGGCAAGGGUUGAGGAUGUCGACGGGACUGUGCUGGGGAACGUCACCGGCCACAAAGCUCAGGAGAGGGAUACCCAUUGA